CCUAUUAAGGCGCAACCUGAACAGACUGCCUCUGUGCCAAACGCGGAGUCGGAGACUUGGACGACGCCCUCAUUUAGGGUGGUGCGGCUUCGACCGCCGCGGCACUUUAUAUAUUGUUUCAUGUCUCUCACAACCUCGAAUGCGAGCGCUGCCUAAUCUUGUUAGGAUUGUUCGAAUCAGUGCAUAGUUUGUAAAGACCAGGGUAUCAGCGCGGAAUCCAACCCAGUGUUAGGAUUAGGACCAAUUUGGGUGUCUGGUGACGGUGAGGCGAAGUGCACGAUUGCGUCCAGUGCUGCACCAUGGGGAAGUGUUGCUGCUUGGUCCUAGUGACCAUUGUCGCGGUGUUGGUCCUGGGCCUUGCAAUCGGCAUUCCUGUGGGGAUGAAGAAGGCCAAAGAGAAAGUGAAGAACUGGGACCCUACUGCGGUGAACAGUGCUUGCCAGUCCACACGAUACCCGGACACUUGCAAUGAAACAUUCACAGGGGACUACCCGCGCGACACGAACGGCGUCAUGCGACAUUCAGUGCAAAGCUCUGAGAAGGGAGUGAACGACACUUUGGGCUUCAUGAGUGAAUUCGACUCGUCCGACCCGGUAAUCUCAGGCGCGGUGGAGGUUUGCAAUGAGGUACUAGUCAGCGCCCGGGAGGAGCUCGAAGCGGCCUCCACGGCGCUGGAGACGAAGGAUACCUUGGGAGUUGACACUCUGAAGGAUAUCCAGGCGUGGGUGAGCGCUGCGAUGGAGCUCCAUACGACUUGUAUAGAUGCAUUUAUGGAGGUGAAUAAUGUAACGGGGUCGGCACUUGCAAAGAAGUCAGCCAAAACGGACGAGCUUCUGAGCAAUUCUCUGGCAUUCAUCAACGCGCUGGCGCAGUAUGGGAACGAUCUGUUGGCGUGGAGACCCACGGGGAUCAGCUUGCCGGAGGGGUUUAACUUCACGUUGCCAAAUGUGACACUUCCCAAUAUCCCUGGCUUCGGCAACCGGAAGUUACUUUCAGUGGAAGAGCUUGAAAUGGACGAGGGAUUUCCUGGGUGGAUGGAUGUUGAGACAAGACGACAUUUGCUUCAAGCACCACCAAAGUAUGAUGUUGUGGUGGCGCAGGAUGGGUCAGGGAACUUCAGGACCAUCCAGGCGGCGGUGGAUGCGCACAAGACCAACACCAAGCGUUUGGUGAUUUACAUCAAGGCGGGGAUCUACAAUGAGCAGGUCAUCGUGCCCAAGAAGGCCAAGUUUCUGACGCUUAUUGGAGAUGGUGACCGGACUGUUCUUACAGGAGACAGAAACGUUGCGCUGAUGAAGGGGAUGACCACUUUCAAAUCUGCAACUCUCAUUGUCUCCGGUGCUGGAUUUGUCGGGCGGUCGUUCCGAGUGCAAAACACUGCGGGAGCCGAGGGACACCAAGCUGUGGCUUUCCGGGGAUCCGCUGAUAACAUCGCGUUUUACCAGGUGACUUUUGACAGCUUCCAGGAUACGCUAUACUGCCAUUCGUUCCGCCAGUUCUACCGGGACUGCACGGUGUUUGGUACCGUGGACUUCAUUUUUGGCAACGCCGCAGCCGCGUUUCAGAACUGCAAAAUUAUCGCAAAGAAGAGUACGAUUCUGGGCCAGCAGAACACCUACACGGCGCAGGGCAGGACUGAUCCGAACCAGGCAACAGGGCUCAGCUUUCAGAACUGUGUCAUUGACGGGACGUCUGAUUUGAUGGCUAGUGUGGCGCAGUACAAGUCUUACUUGGGCCGGCCGUGGAAGGCUUAUUCAGUGUGUGUGAUCAUGAAAUCAGAGAUCAAGGGGCAUGUUGAUCCUACGGGAUGGUUGCCGUGGAACACGACUAACUUUGGCCUUUACACUUCAUACUUUGCUGAGUACAAGAACUUUGGACUUGGGUCGGCGAUCGACAAUAGAGUGCAGUGGUCGCACCAGGUGGGGAAUGACAAACAGGCAAAUUAUUACCAGGCCAACAACUUCAUUCAAGCCAGUGAGUGGGUUAGUGGACUCGAUGUUCCGCUCACCACGGCAUUGUGAUCGAAGUGCUUUUGUAUUCCUAACCGGAUUGUGUAUUAUUCGAUCUCCGCCAAGAAAUCUUCCGACUUAGGGGAAAAAAACUUGUGAUGUACAAUUCUGAUCUUCAGCAAUUGAACAGUUAGCUAUCUCGCUCCUACCUUGUACAUUAGAUUAGUGGAACGUGUUACUUGGAUUUUAUGAUCCAUCUUCGGAUCUAGUUUCACGACCAGCAGUUCCAGAAUAAUCACGUACUUUUGGAAUUUUACCAAAGCAAAUGUGUACUGAGCACUCGUUCAUAAGAUAGUUUACUGCACCUCAUGGAGUAAGCAAGAGAAUCAAACGCA